AUGGGCUCAGGGGAAGAUGAAGGCGAAGGCAAGGGGCAUAGAGACAAUGAUCACGAAGUGCCAGGGGAUGAAGAGGACGUGGACGCUGUCUUAGCGUCACUCGAGGAGGAAGAGCAUUCGACAUACCGCGCGCAAAGAUUACAAGAACUAAACGAUUCUGCUGCUCGUUCAAAGCCCACGACUACUUUGGAUGCCAGCAAGAAAACAUACAUCACGCUGAAUGGCGAUGACGAGGCACUUAGUUUCACCACGGAGAAUGAGAGAGCAGUCCUCCACUUCUACCAUCCCGACUUUGCAAGGUGCCUUACGAUGGACCGACAUUGCGAGCAGAUUGCAGAAAAGCAUGCAGAGAACGCUGAGGCGGAUGUGUCGUUUGCCCGCGUCGACGUGAAGAAAGCCCCGUUUGUGGUCGAGAAACUGGGCGUGAGAGUGCUGCCCUGUGUUGUUGGCUUUGUGAAAGGAGUGGUCAAGGGAAGAGUGACUGGGUUCGAGGGUUUGUGCUGGGACGGUAAAGAGAACAGCAUCACCGUCACACGAGCCUUAGAGGAGGCCAUCGUUGGUUGGUCUGUUUUGCGCAAAAGGCUGCUUCUGGGCCACGACGAUGAGGAUACUGACGAAGAGAACGAGGGCGAUGGCCUUAACGGUCGCAAAUCAGCCCGAAGAGGGAUCCGCGGCCGCCAACCUGAAUCAGGAGACGAAGACGACGAUUGGGACUGA